AUGGGUGUCGUAGAAAAGAUCAAGGAUAUUGAGGAGGAGAUGGCGAGGACGCAGAAGAACAAGGCGACCGAAUACCAUCUCGGUCUCCUCAAAGCCAAACUCGCACGCUACCGCGCCCAGCUCCUCGAGCCUCCGACCAAAUCCGGCGGCGCCGGCACAGGCUUCGACGUCCAAAAGUCCGGCGAUGCCCGCGUAGCACUCAUCGGUUUCCCCUCCGUCGGCAAAUCCACUCUAUUAUCCAAAAUAACGCACACUGCAUCUGAAACGGCCGCAUACGAGUUCACUACGCUCACUGCUAUCCCGGGUGUGAUCGAGUAUCAGGGCGCGAGGAUACAGUUGCUUGAUCUACCUGGUAUCGUGGAGGGCGCUAGUCAGGGUAGAGGUCGUGGACGGCAGGUCGUCAGUACGGCUAAGACGGCGGAUUUGAUCUGCAUCAUGUUGGACGCGACGAAGAGCGAGGAGCAGAGGCGGCUAUUGGAGAUCGAGUUGGAUGCUGUUGGUAUCAGGUUGAACAAGAAAAAGCCAGAUGUGGUGUUCAAGAAGAGGACAACCGGCGGCAUCACAUUUACUGCGACGGUGAAGCUCACAAAGACGGACGAGAAGACCAUUCGCAUGAUUCUUGCCAGUUAUAAGCUACACAACUGCGACGUCAUGAUCCGCGAAGACAUCACAACAGACGAAUUCAUCGACGUCCUCAUCGGCACGCGCAAAUAUAUCCCCUGCCUCUACGUGUACAACAAGAUCGACAGCAUCUCGCUCGAAACUAUGGACCGUCUAGCGCGCGAAGAUCACACGGCGGUGAUCAGUUGCGAGAUGGGCUUGAACUUGACAGGCCUUGUGGACAGGAUGUGGGACGAACUCAAUCUCGUACGGAUAUACACCAAGAAACGCGGUGCACACCCAGAUCUCGACGACCCCGUAUGCAUGCGUCGGGGCUCGACCGUCGAGGACGUGUGUAACGGUAUCCACCGAAGCUUGGCCUCAAACUUCCGAUACGCGCUCGUUUGGGGUCGCAGCAGCAAGUUCAGUCCGCAUGCGCAGAAGGUUGGGCUGAAUCAUCUCGUGCAGGAUGAGGACGUUGUUUCUAUCUUCACGAAGUAG